AUGAGUUUGGCCGCUCCCGGCUUGCUCCCAAAGGCGGCCACUCCGCUCCGUAUCCUCGCCGCAUCGAGGCCGACCUGCCAAACCUACUCCGAACGUCCUCAAUCGACCCUUCAGUCCAGACAUCUCUACACUGCUCCGUCAACCAGAUCUGCCCGUCAUGCGCCCCGUCAACCUGCACAAAUUAGGACAUUCCACGCUACCGCGCCGACAUUGGCCAAGGAUCCAUAUGCAACCCUCGGCGUGAGCAAGUCUGCUUCCACUGGUGAAAUCAAGAAAGCAUACUACGGACUGGCCAAAAAAUACCACCCCGACACCAACAAGGAUGCUGGUGCUAAGGAGAAGUUCGCUGAAGCUCAGGCUGCAUACGAGACACUUUCAGACCCUAAAAAGAAGGAAGCAUACGACACCUACGGCUCUGCCGCUUUCGAUCAAAAUGGAGGCUUCAACCCCGGUGCCGGCGCUGGAGGUAACCCCUUCGCUGGUGGCGGUUUCGGUGGGUUCGGAGGCUUUGGUGGUGGUGGUGCUGGCGGUGCUCAGGGCUUCGGCGAUAUCAACUUCGAAGAUCUGUUCAGCGCAUUUGGUGGAGGAAGCGCAAGAAGAGGCCGCGGAAGAGCUUCGCCGUUCCAGGAAGAGAUCUUGGUUGGAGAGAACAUUGAGGUUCAGACCAACAUCUCCUUCCUCGAUGCAGCCAAGGGCAUCACCAAGGAUAUUCACAUCAACCCGUUGGUCAAGUGCAAGACUUGCGAAGGCAACGGUUUGAAGAAGGGCCAAUCGAGAACCACAUGCAAGAGUUGUGAUGGCUCUGGUACCAGGGUGCACUUCAUGCAGGGUGGUUUCCAGAUGGCAAGCACUUGUGGUGCAUGUGGAGGUCAAGGCCAGACCAUUCCAAAGAACGGUGCUUGUGGAACAUGCAAGGGAGAGGGUGCAGUUCGCGAGAAGAGAACUGUGUCGGUUGAUAUCCCUGGUGGUAUCGAGGAUGGCAUGAGAAUGCGCGUAUCACAAGAAGGAGACUUCCCGCCUACAGGCCAGGCCGCAAACCCCAAGGCACGAACAGCGAACGGCGAUCUAUACGUCUUUGUGCGAGUUGCACCCGAUCCAAAGUUCAGUCGCAAUGGAUCAGACGUGCUCUACACGGCAUCGAUACCGCUCACGACAGCCAUUCUUGGAGGCGAGAUCCCCAUUCCCACUUUGGAUGGCGAAGUCAAGGUCAAGGUCGCGACAGGAACCGCAACUGGCGACCGCAUCACAUUGUCAGGAAUGGGUAUGAGAAAACUCAACAGCAGACGUGGCAACAAUGGUGACCUGCGGGUCGAGUACAAGGUACAAAUGCCCAAGUAUCUCAGUGUCAACCAGAGGACGAUUGUCGAGAUGCUCGCAGAUGAGAUGGGAGACAAGACAGCAAAGCGAGUGAUGAACCUCGGAAAGAUGGCCGAAGACGCCAAGAAGGACGCAACAACGAGCGAUGCAGACUCACACAAGAACGAAGGGUUCCUCAAGUCUGCAUGGCAUAGACUCACGCAUCAGCACGAUCACCUGAAAGAGAACGAGGAAGCCAGCAAGCAAGAAGAGGAUGACAAGAAGAAGUCAGGAUCGAACUAA